AUGUCUACUUAUGCCAAGUUCAUGAAGGACAUCACUUCGAAGAGGCGUACCGCCGACACCAAUCCAAUUAUUCUAACUGAAACUUGUGGUGUUAUUUUGCAGGGUAUGAAGAUUCCGAUAAAGAAGAAAGAUCAAGGAGUUGUCACCAUCCCUUGUACUAUUGGAGAUAGGUCAUUCAACAAAGCUCUUAUUGAUCUGGGAGCUAAUGUGAGUCUCAUGUCAUUAUCCAUUUGCAAGAAGCUUGGUAUAGGGGUUGUGCAAGAUACCAGGAUAACACUCCAAUUCGUCGAUCAUUCGAUAAAGAAACCGUAUGGUAUUGUUGAAGAUGUUUUGGUGAAAAUUGACAAGUUUGUAUUUUCCGUGGAUUUUGUAAUUCUAGAAAUGCCAGAAGAUGAAGAGAUCUCUCUCAUUCUUAGGAGACCCUUUUUAGAAACAGGAAGGUGCUUGAUCAACAUAGAAGAAUGGACCAUGACGUUGAAGGUUUAUGAUGAGGAAUUGAAGAUCAAUGCUCGAAACACCAUGAGGUACAAGGAUGAUAUUUGUACCAGUCAUACUAUAGAGGUUCUGGAUCAGGUGAUGACAUAUGAUAGUCCUUUGAAUGCACCAUAG